UCUCUUCCUUCAGAGAUGUACAGGCGAGCCAAAGCGUUUUCCAGGUCCCCUAAAACCCACGAUUUCCCAAAUUUGUUGGUAGACAAAAUUGAUAUUGAUUUAAGGUCUGAAGCCCAAUCAAGUGCAAGGCAUUACAAGUCACUCGCCGCUUCGGGCUUCCAAGAAUCCGCUGGUCAUUUCGCCUUUAUUGGCCCUUCGUUCGUCAUAUGCAUCAUUGGCCGCUCCGUGCUCGCCGGAUCUACUUCAAGUAGAGUCGGCGUGCGCUGCCUCACCCCGAGCAGUGUCCGCUCGAGGGUUGCCGAGAUGUCGAGCAGUUCGUCGAAUUCUACGCAUUUGGCUCGGCCCGUGUCCGGAUUGGGUGGCGGGCAGGUGGCGGAUGAACCCCGGGGGAACAGUCCGAUGGAAGGUGGUGGCGUGACGCCGACAGCCACCGGUUCCCAAUUGCCUGAAAGUGCUCGGGAUGACAAAGAAGAGAGGGUUACCGAAGAGGAGAUGAUGAAGGUCUUCACGGACUUGGAUGACGAGUUUGAGAGUGGCACAGCCAGCGUGACGGAUGCUACCAAAGUGCGUCAUCUCAGUGCCAAAGGCGAGGGCCAUCCGCACCACUUCCAUGACGGCGAGAAGAUGGCCCCCGUGGUAGAUAAGGUGGCCUUGGCGGAGGAGCGUUAUCGCGUCCUGAGCGGGCGACAAUUGGAUUUGGAGGCCCGCUUUCGAGAUCUGACUCGGCGGGUGCAUUUUUUACGCACGCAAAAGCUCGGGGCUCAGAUUGCCGAUGAGUUGUCGCGGCUGCGGCACACGGGACAGAAGUUGCUAACGCCGCCCAUAGCGCCGGCCCCCACCUCCCUUGUCAACAGUCUGCCUCCCACCAUUAACCCGUUGUUUAUGCCCGCUAAAGUGCAAGUGCCCGAUGGGAUUGUGUUGCCCUCCGAGCCGUUGGCCGAUGUGCCGCCUCCGGUCAAGGUCAAAGAGGAAGACGUGGGCGAUGAGUGUGACGUGGAAACGGGUCCAAGUCAGGACAAACAAAAAGCCGAUGAGAUCUUGGGCCAAAUGGAUUGUCAUUUGAGGCAUUUGAUUCAGAAUUAUGAUUCCGAGGCCACUGAAAGCUCGUCCGGCGGGGAAAGUUGUGACGAGUUCGACAACUACUCCAAGAACCAUUCGCACUACCUCCCAAUCAAGAAGCGAGCCAAAUGGCAUUGGCUGUCCAAUCGUUCUAGUAUCGCCAGCAAGUGGACAUGGCUGACGGCUCAAAUCUCCGAUCUCGAAUACCGUAUUCGUCAACAAACCGAAUGCUACCGACAAAUUCGUGCGCGUAAGGGCUUGGUGACCUUGGGCGAUCCGGUGGUUUCUUGGCCUCCUCACGCCAAGAAACCGGUGACUGGACCCCGAUCUGCCGACAAUGAAGUUCCACUCAACUGUAAACCGGUGACCAAGGAUUACAGUCGAGUGGAUUCCACUGGUCGGAAGAUUAUUAUCAAAGAACCCUUUCUCCCCGAGUCUGUAGUGACAAGUGUCGACGAUGAUAACUCCUUGGGCGCCUCCCGUACCCGACCCCUGAGAAACAUUCGGAAGCGUCGCGUUAUUUCCACGUACAAUCUGCCCAAAGUGCCUCACCGUCUUUCCAAAGAGAGCACUGUUCAAUGUGACUGUAUCCAUCCAUUGUUUUGGUGCACACUCUGCUACGGCCGUGUUCAUCAUGCCCAUGUACCUGACCCCCUCACCCAAGAGGAAAGCCAAUGUCUAGCUCUACUUGACCAUUCCUACCAUCAAGUGUUGUCUACCCCGGAAGACGUACCUGUAUCCGUGCUCAUGGCGAAAAAGAUGAAGGACAAGUCCUGGUUGAAAACGCCCUCUCAAUCCGCCGACUUAGAUCGUGCUGAAGCAUUGGCGCUAAUGAAGAAGAGGAAAACAAAGAGGAAAAAGAGCGGUGACGUUAGUGGUGAAAACGGUGGAGAUUCGGAGGUAGCCAAGAAACGGAACAAGAAAUCCAAAAAACUCAACAAGAACAUCUUAAAAGUAAAGACCAAGCGACGGAAGUCCUUGAGUGUGCAUCAUGUUCUGGACGACCGCGGGUUGACCAUCAACGACUUGAACAGUGACAGUGAUGGAAUGGACACUUCUCCGGUUCCCUCUCCUUUAUCACAUCCAUCUCACGCCAGCAAUCAACAAUGGGCCGAUAUCAUUCGAAGGAAACGAGAAACCGCUUUCGACAUCGAUAACAUUGUCAUUCCAUACUCUAUUGCCGCCUCGACACGAGUUGAACGACUCAAGUACAAAGAGAUCCUUACCCCCACCUGGAGGGCUGUGGAUCGAGAAUCGGAGAUGAUCAAUCCCCUUCCCGAGGAAGGAACGCCGAAAAAGAAGAGUGCCAAAUCCACGGUUCCUCCGUCAGCCCCCUCUACUCCAGUGGCUGUCUCCUCAGCUCCAGCAAGCAUGCCAACCUCAACGUCUCCUCCCAAUAAACCCCUCAAGGAAUCUCAGCUUUCGGACGAGGACAUCACCGAAAUGUGCUUUGAAACUCGUCACGCCCGAGCUGAGGUUGAAGAGAGGAAGCGUUGGCAGACCUCGGUAUUUAAAUCCACGGGAGGCCAGAGAACCCGCACUCGUCGGCAAGAUAGCGUUCGAACAGAAGGUGGCGGAGCGGCCAGCAGUGGCUACAACACACCGGACCAUCCCAUGUCCCCCGGAACUCCCAUGGACACCACCCUAGAAGUGUCCACUCGGCCAUCGUCACCAAUAAGUACCGAUGAAUUAAGUCAAGUUCCGUCAUCCACCCCCUCCACGCCUCAAGUGAAUAUGGCGGCCAGCAUUCGUAAUCGACGCCGAACGUCUUCGGCUACCAAGUCACGUGACCGCAAUCCAAGCGAGGACACGCAAUCAUCCAGAUGUACUACUCCCACUUUGGACACUCACUUGAUCUCGGUUCCAGAUCGAAUGGACGUGAUUCCUUUCGAGGCCCGAGUAUUUCCCCUCUCCGAGCAAGACAUCGAAAGAAUGGGAGCGGAAAUGCCGGUGGUCGUCGAGUCUGGGAGUAAUUUUAGUAGUAAUCAUGUCUCAGGUAGGGCUGCUGUUGAUGAUGGGGACGUAUUAUCCAAAGGCUCUGGUGAGAAGCGGCCGAACUUUUCUAACUCGACCGGGAUCGACCAGGAUUCCCAAGAAAAGGCUGACACCUCUCAAUCUCCCAGUGUAGAGGAAGACGACGACGAGGAGGAGUUCAUCCUCGAAGAAGAUGACCCAGAUUGGAAGGAGGGUGAAGAAGAGGAAGAUCCUGAUGAUCCAGAAUGGAAUGGAGAGCCCAAAGCUCACACGGGUGAUUCCAAUACUCCCAGACCAUCCGUUGAAGGUGUCAGUUCGUCCAAUCCAUCUGCCUUGUCUAAGGCAGCAGUAUCACCCUCAGCGUCCACUCUGUCACCCUCAUCCGCAAAUGUUGGACCCAAAAAUAAGCAUGGCCUCGCUUUAAAGAUCAACAAGCGGUAGAAGAACACUUAAUUUGGAAUAAAUGUCAAUGACUUGUUUCCGGUUUUUCGUUCGAUUCUAUCUACCCUUGGUUUUCCUUCAUCUUGUUCUUACUAACUCCUAGCUCACUCUAGAAGCACAACUAACCCGUUGUUCUCUUUCUUUCCUCCCUAG